CGAGAAUCGAUUUCCCUUUCCCCGGUUCGCCGCUACGCCAUCGUAAUGUGGUUUCACGAUUAGUCAUAGCCGGUAAUUUAUAUUUUAUGGGCACAUCAUUAUUUAUAUAGUUCCUUUUUAGGCUAAGCUAUUUCAAUUAUUAAACCGUGGACGUAGUGUUUGUUCAUUGUGUGUACUUAAUACGUGUUUUUUUUUUUUUUUUUACUGAACCAUAUGGCGGCUAGUUACAGUCGAUUUAAACCGUUUAUUACGAUAAGUCUUGGUGCAGCUUGUGGAAGUUUGGCCACUUAUUAUGGUUUUACCAAAGGUCUGUUAAAUGUUAACAAAGAACAAGAGUAUUAUAGUAUAUUCGAGAAUAGAGAAACGAAAUGGGAUUUUAACUGGGACAGGUAAGCUUAUCAUUGCACAUGAGUGUGUUGUAACUGUUGUUGGUGACAGCAUAGUGUAUCUUCUUAGUUCUUUCAAAUGUUUAUUGUGAAUAUUCUUGCUUUGCUAAACAUCUGAUUAAUGUUUGACUGUUACUGGGGUGUGUUUUUAACAUUUGCAGGUGUUAGCUCAACUUCAAUAAAUUAAGUGCUAAAUAGUACUACUCAUCUAUCUUACUAUAACAUAAAAUAUUAUAUCCACUGCAAUGGAAACGAAAAAACACAGUGGCCGUCAAUGUUCGGCUAAGACGAAAAAAGAAAACAUCCAAGUAAUUGUUCGAUGUCGGCCAAUGAGUUCUAAAGAGGUUUCCAAUGGGUAUACUGAAGUUGUGAAAAUAAUUAAAGAUGAAAAUUCUGUUGCCGUUGCUGUACCGAAAAAUGAUGGUUCUGAGUAUAAACAAUUUACAUUUGAUUCGGUUUUCGAUUGCAAUUCUACUCAAGAAGAUUUAUAUAAGAAAAUGGUGCAUCCACUUAUUGAGUCUGUUUUGAACGGAUUUAACGCUACUAUAUUUGCUUAUGGACAGACCGGUACUGGUAAAACGUAUACAAUGGAAGGAGUUAGAGAUGAAAAACUUCCUUUAACUGACCAAGAACAUCGUGGUAUUAUACCUAGGACUUUCGAACAGAUAUUUAAAACUAUUGAACAAUCCAACAAUAAACAAUAUUUGGUAUUUUCUUCAUAUUUAGAAAUAUAUCAGGAAGACGUUCGAGAUUUAUUAGAAGCAAAACCUAAAGGAAAAUGUGAACUUCGUGAAGAUAAAGAUGUUGGUGUUUAUGUAAAUAAUUUGAACAAAUAUAUUUGUAAAAACGUUCAAGAAAUUUUAAAAGUUAUGCAAGAAGGUAACAAAAACCGAACAAUCGGCGCUACAGAUAUGAACGAACAUAGUUCUAGGAGUCAUGCUAUUUUUACAGUUACUGUUGAAAUAAAAAGUAAUACCGAACGUAUUAGGGUUGGUAAACUAAAUCUCGUUGAUUUAGCUGGCAGUGAAAGGCAAAGUAAAAGUGGCGCAACUGGUCAACGACUCAAAGAAGCUGGAAAAAUAAAUCUUUCGUUGUCGACAUUAGGAAAUGUUAUACAUGCACUAGUAGAAGAAAAUUCUUCACAUAUACCAUACAGAGAUUCCAAGCUUACUAGAUUAUUACAAGAUUCAUUAGGAGGGAAUUCAAAAACUUUAAUGAUUGCCAAUAUUGGACCGGCUAGUUAUAACUGGGAUGAAACACUUACUACUCUGCGCUAUGCUAAUAGAGCUAAAAAUAUACAUAAUGCUCCUCGUGUUAAUGAAGAUCCCAAAGAUGCUUUAAUUAGACAAUACCAAGAUGAAAUAUCUAAGUUGCGCAAUAUUUUAAAUGAAAAAGCAUCCAAAAAAGUUAGUAAAAAAGAAAAGCAAUAUGAUAUGGAAAACCUUCAAGAACAUACAAAAUUUUUAGAAAAGCAACAGCAAGAUUUAAAUGAAAAACGAAAUAAUAUACUUGAAAAUAAAGAUAAUUUGUCAACUGAUGAUCAAAAUAGAAUGUUGUAUGAUAUAGAAUUAGAAAAAGCUAAAGUUGCAGAAGAAAUGGAUUUUAUGGGAUCAUUGAUUACUCGUAUUCAAUCUAUGGAAAGCAGUUUGUUGAGAGGAGGGAAAUCGAUUACAGAUCAUUUGUACGAACAACAAAAUCAAAUUGAUAAACGUAAUAGAGAGAUCCAGGAAGAAAUAAAAAUGGAGCAGGAAUUAGCCAAGAAUUUAGAAGAAAUUGCUGGCUAUACAGAAACAAUAAGGGAAACCUAUUCAACUUUAUUGGAAGAAGUAGAAGCAAAACAAGCUAAAUUUGACAAAUUAAUGGGUCUUUAUCAGAGCCUUAAAGGAGAAUUGAAAAUUAAAGAGGAAGAACACUCAAAUCAAAGAAGAGACAUUGAGUCUAACCAAGAAGCAAUGACAAGACAAUUAAAACUCGGUAACAUAAUAAUGUCUAAUUUUAUACCUCAAGAUGAACUUCAAAAUGUCAAAGAUAGAUUAUACUAUGAUGAUGAUACUAACGAAUGGCGCAUGGUUAGUAAUCAAUUAGAAGGACAUACACGAGGCUGCAUCAAUGGUGUAAUAAAUACCAGAAGAAAUGAGAAUUUAAUAACGUUAAAUUUGCUUACGCUUGAACAUAAAUUAGAAGAAUAUAAAAAACCAGAAAUUUCACCUUCAUUAUUAUCAAUGCUUGAUGAAGCAUUGAAAGUUGAGGAUGACCUACAAGUUGAUGCAUCAAUUGCAGAACGUCCUAAGACUGUGCGUAGUACUGUUGGACCAAAGAUUAAACCAGCUUCAAAUAAAAAUUACCCAAGAGCACGAGGCCUAAUACCAAAAUAAAACAUUUGGAUAAUGUUUGAUACUUUAAGUUGUGCACCAAAUAAUGUUGUUAAUUUUGUGAUGUUUAAAUACUAACAGCUACUAUAAUAAGACUGCAUAAUUAAAUUUAUAUUCUGCUCACUAAAACUAAUAAUAAGUACCUAAUUAUAUAUUUUUUGCUUUUAUAUUAUAUUUCACUCCUAGUCAUUUAUAAAAAAUCUUUAUUUUGUUUUAGUUACCUAUUUUCUACUUAUUAUCAUUUUGCUUUAUAAUAUAUUUAUAAUAUCUAAAAAUAUAUUUUUACAUACUACUUGUAAAAGAAGUACUAAUCAAAACUAAUAUAGUCAUAUUGUCUAGUCUUUCUGCACAAUAAAUGACAUUAAUAAAUCAUAUUAUUUAAUAUUAUUAUUUCAUUGGUUUUUUUUUUUUUUAUAUUAAAUAUUAUUUUGUUCGUCAACAUAUACAUUUUCUAGGCGAGACCCUAAGAGUCUAGUAAAACCAAUUGACCCAAACAACUCCAAGUUACAAAAUGAAUAUAACCAGAAAAUUGAAGAAAAAAAAUCACGUGCAACAAGGCACAUUUUUCUUAUUAGACAUGGACAAUAUAACCUUAAGGGUGAGACUGAUGAAGAAAGGCAGUUGACAGAACUCGGUAUGUAAUAAUAUCUAUAAAUAAUUAAAUACAUUUUAUGCAUGAAAAGUACAUUGAAGUUAUGAGCAGUGAUAUGGUGAAGGGAUUUUUAAAAGGUAUUUAAAUUUUUUAAGAUUUUUAAUUUAAUGAUGUUCCUGUUGAUUUAUUUUAAAUUAAAUUAAAUUUUUAAGAUAGUAAUUAGUGGGAUAAAUGGGUAUUAUAUUUUAAAUUGUAAACAUUUGAACUAUAUUUUAUGUACACCAUUUACUACAAGCUUUUUUUUAAAAAAAAAAACCAUAUUUAACAGUAGUAAAUAUAGCUUGUGUGUCUACCUAAAUAAUAGAAUUUCUGUUUUUGUAAUAGUAAAAAUAUAAUUAUAUUAACAGUAUACAAUUUUCCAUUUUAAACAGAUAAUAUAGGUGUCUACUUGUAUUUUAUUUUAGAGUCUGAGUGAUGUGAGAAAUGUAUUGGUUUUACAAUGAUAUUGAUUUUUUAAAUUUUAUACGGCUUAUGUUUUCUACCAAAAUUAUUGCUCCAAUAAAAAAAAACAAGAAAAUCAAAAUUUUCAGUUGCAUUUUUAAUCUUGUUCUUGACCAAGAAAGUUAUUUUUAUGAUUUUCUUGGUAGUUUUUUUAAUAAUUGAAAAAUAAUUAGAAAUAACAGGAAAAUGUAUGAAAAUAUUAUAUUCAAUUUUGUUUUUUGUUAUGCUCCUAUUAAAAAUAUUAUUAGAGACUUGAAAUUUUAAUAGAAAACUUAUAUUUGCCUUUUCUAGACAAGGUUAAAGUUUCAAAAUAUUUUGACCAUUUUUGAGUUAUGUAUAAACAUUUUAAUUUUAGGAGUUUUUAAGUAAUUCUUAUUUGGUGGGUAAAUUUGUUAGACCAAACAAAAAUGCUUGAAAAUUUAACAACAGGUUCUUAAAAGUAGUACUUCAUGGUAAAAAAAAAAAAAAAACUGAAUGUAAUGUAGAAUAAAUUUCUUAAAUUUUUUAAUAACAUUUUAAGUAUCAAAUUUUAACAAAAAUCUUAUAUAUCACAAUCUUUCUUAACAUGUAUAACUGAACUACACUCAGAAUUGUUUUUCGUUAGCAAUGAUUAAUCACUGUAUAGAUUGAAUUGCCCUCUAUAUGCUAUCGUCCAGACUUCUUACCUACAACAGUGGCCUACCUAUCUUGCAAAGUAUGUCAGUCUUUUUAACUUUUAUUUUUGGGUAAAUAAUUUAGUAUGAAUUCUUAUUAAACAAGGAACCUUACAUAAAUGAUAAAAAAAAUAAAGCAGAGUUUUAGUAUAAAUAUUUAUUUACAGUAAGAAAUAUAAUUAUAAAAUUUAAUAUGAAUGUUUAUGUAUUAAGUGUAUAUCAUAUAGAUUAAAGUUUAUACUAUUAUUAAAAAUGUGUAACUAUUUUAAAUUAAACAAAUUAUUUUUAGGAAGAAGGCAGGCUCUUUAUACCGGUGAACGUUUAAGUGUGUUAGAUUAUCCAUGGACAUCAAUUACACAGUCAACAAUGACACGUGCAAUGGAGACUUGCUCAUUAAUACGUAAACAUUUACCUGCCGACAUACCAUUAUCAUCGACAGAUUUGUUAAGAGAAGGAGCACCAGUUCCCCCAGAUCCUCCCUCCAAACAUUGGAAACCUGAUUUAUAUGUAGGAAACAAUAUAGCAUUAACAAUUUUAAUAUAUAUUCUUUUAAAAUAUGUAAGUUAUUAUUAUUUUCUUAGCAGUUUUACCGUGAUGGAUCUCGAAUCGAAGCUGCAUUUCGAAAGUUCAUGCACAGAGCUCCACCCGAUCAAAAAGAAGACUCUUAUGAAAUAAUUGUUUGCCAUGCAAAUGUUAUAAGAUAUUUUGUUAUGAGGUAAUUAUAAUUUCUAUUUAUUGUUAUCUAACAGAUUAUUUAUUUAUUUUUUCAAUUAAUCUUAUUUAUUUGACUUAUUUGAUAUUGAAUUUUGUUUAGUUUCUGUAUAUUUUGUAUUAUUGUUAUUAGUAUACAUACUGUUUUUACUGAAAUCUUAAUAUGUAUACAUUGUGUUACAUCUUUUAUGUUCCUCUAAAUAUCUUAGUCCUUAAAUUUAAAUGUGGUUUUCCGGAAGUUUAGCACCAUGAUAAAUGUAUCAAAAUAAUUAAGAUCAAAAUAAUCAAUCCAUAUCUGGUGAUAAAAAUAAAGUUUGCUAUUCUCAAAAAAAUGUGUACAAUAAGGGUUAAAAACUGAAAACCAUCUCAAAGUGUGUAUUUAGGUGACUCCUGAAACACCUCCCGAAAACCCUAUUUCAAUUUUCUAAGGUCAUCGGGUUGAGAUAUUUAGUGAUACCUACAUAAAAGAUGUACAAACAGUGUAUUUGUUAUUAUCAAUCUAUUUUUAGUAAUAUUGUUGAUUAAUGUUUGACUUAAAAAUUUUAUAUUUUAGAACAUUGCAAUUGACACCAGAAGCAUGGUUACGCUUGGGUUUAGACCAUGCUAGCAUCACAACAUUUUCAAUUUAUCCUAACGGAAGAGUAGCCUUACGGGGUUAUAGUAACUCAGGUUAUAUGCCUCCAGAUGCUAUUAGUUCCUGAAAAUCAAUUUAUACAUUGUCAAAGGUCAAAGAUCAUAUUACUAAAGGUCGAGUAUUAGUAAAAAGGUGAUCAAAAUAUCAUCUGAUGAAAUGUUUUUCCAUCAAAAAUAUAUCACUGAACACUCAAAUUUUUCACUAAUGUUUAAAAUCUAAUCAUAAGGUAUAUAGGUAUACUAUAUUAGUAUAAAUAUAAUAUACAGUAAAAUUGGGUAACUUUGAUAAUUUUGUUUGAAUUAAUUUUUAAAAAAGAAGUCCUUACUUCAAGUUGUACAUUGCCAAAUUAGGUAUACCUGGUUAUAUUUUAAAAAUAUUAUUUAGUUUUCAAAGUAUUGUGGAACCUCUAUAAGUCGAAAUAAAUGCCAUUUUCUUGUGAAAACCUCGAUUGUUGGAACAUAAACAAUAGAUAACUCAAGCAUUUUGUAUGGACAAAUAAUUUUAAUAAUCGUUUGUCUAAUUGGCUUGUGUCCUAUAAUUAAACCUAAUUGUGUUUAUUAUUGUAUUUUUCAUUUGAUUUAUUGUCACUACAUUUCGUAUUGUACAUGUAAUUGUACCCUACCAUCGUUUGUCGAUCGAACAAUCAAGUAAUGUGAACAAUAAAGUGUAUUCUGUUCUAAAUUUAGUGGAAAAUACUAUUGAUAAUAACAUGUGCUCUCAAACUAAGUCAAAGCAAGAUAAAAAAUUAUCUAUUGUGAAGUUGCAACACUAUAUACAUUUUUUUUUUUUAGUAAUAAUUGUUUUUAUUUAUAUUAAUUAUUUUAUCACAUUUUUAAGAUAACAAUAAUAAUAAUAAUAAUACUCACUGUAAUUAUAUGUAUGUAUAAUUAAAAAGUUGUUUAGGAUAAUGGGGACGGAUGUGGCCACUGUUAUAGCUAAUUUAAUGUAUAUCAGCUGUAAGCACAGAUUAACCAUUGGUAACGAAAAAACGAUUCUGAACAGAGUUCGUUUGAUAUAUGUUAUAUAUAUUGGUAAAAUAAUUACAUACACAUAAGGUAUAUAUUUCCUUAUAGAAGAAGUGCUUUAUUGUAAAUCUGAGUAAAAUUGCUGGUAGUAAAGUUGUCAGAAAAAAAAAAACAUUGAACAUCAUUAUUAAACCAAUACAUUCCUCGUUCCACUUAGAAUCUAUAACAAUAAUACGUACAUACAUUUUAAAAACUUAAGUCAAAUUGUUUUCCUAAACCUUUGAUAAUUCCAAAAAAUUUAAUUUCCUUUGAAUUUCGACUUAUCGAGGUUCCACUUCAUAUAUGAUUAAUAUAUCAAUCUUACACUAUAUCUGGAUUCACUUGUAUAUUCCUAUUUCUUUUGUUUGUUAAAUUGAUGCUAGUGCAUGAAAACCUAUCAACCUCAACCCACAUAUAAUUUGGUCUAGUCUUUGAAAUUAAAAUAUAAAAUAUCCAUGUAGUUACUGACAGGAUUUUAAAAAUAAAAAACAUAUUUUCCUUUUAUUUAACAAUUUGAGAUAAAUAACAGCACAUAAGAUUGGUUGUAUUGAUGAAAAAUAUUAUCAUGUAUCAAUAGUUUAUCAACUAUAUUAUAUAUAUAAAACUUAAUAAUUUAUGUAUUUGUUAAAGUGUAACAAUCCAAAAAGAUUUAAUUAACAAUUAAAAUAAAAAUAAAUUUCACCCCCCCCCCACAUAUUAUCAGAGUUGUCUCAUUCUACAGUAAUCUAAUAACUGAUUAAUCAUUUCAAGUAUAUAUAUAUAUAUAUAUUUUGUUUCUGCUAAAAACCCAUUUGAUCAAAUGAUUCACUACAUUUUCAACUUAAUAAUUGAAAAACUGAAAUAUUAUCUAAUGUUGAUAUAUAGCAUUAAGAAAUCAAUAUAUUAUUUCAAUAAUUUAAAUUAUUUUCAGUGUCAGUCAAAAAUAAUUUUGGGCAGGUACUAAUCAUUUUUGUUAUUAAACUGUAUGACUAUGGCACUGAUUAUUAACAUGCAUUUAUUAUUUUGUUUUCAUAACAAAUAGUAUUAUUUAAUUGUUUCGGUUUCGAAAUAUCACUAUUUUUUUUACAUUGACUAUAGUUUACUUUUAUAUGUAUAUAUAUAUAUAGACCUAAUCUACCCACCAAAAUGUAUUUCCAUAAUAAUGUGACUAUUGUCAGAUUAUAACAGAUUAUAUGUGCAUAGUUUUUGUACUCUGACUAAAGUCAAACUCUUUUAGUCUUUAAUUGUAAAAUGUCCUGGUGAUGUCAAGUCUUCUAAGUACAAAUAUAAUAAUAUAAUAUGUGAAGAGGACAUCACAAUAAUUAAUACAAAUAGAAUAAUUAAAUGUACCUACUUCAUUGUGACCUUGUAACUCACAGAAUAUGUUUAUAACGAAUAAAAUAAAAUAAUAACAUUUGUUGAUUUA